ACAGCUGCAAGUAUAUAUGAGCCAACGCAGACCUCCUUUUUCUCUUUCAUUAGACAAACCAAUUUCCCUCAUAAACUUUCUUUCUUGCAUGAUUUUUUAAAUUUCUCUUAAAUUAGUUUUAGCCGUCGUCGUCUCUCCAUAAGCACAACACCAACAACAACGUGUAAGUGAGUACGACGUCGUAGAAGGAGAUCAUGUCUCGCACGUGCUCUCAGUGUGGGAACAACGGCCACAACUCGCGCACAUGCACGGAAGCCAGCGGCGGAGGCGGUGGGGCCGCCUCGGCUGAAAACGGCAUCAUGCUAUUCGGCGUGAGAGUCACGGAGGAAAACGCGUUCAGGAAGAGCGCCAGCAUGAACAAUCUCUCCCAGUAUGAGCAGACCCUGCAGGCCGACUCAAACGGCGACGCCGGCUACGCCUCAGACGACGUCGUACACGCCUCUGGCCACCGCCGCGAGCGCCAGAGAGAAGGCCGCAGAUCUAGUCUUUUCGACAUCACCACUGAUACCCCCUUGAUGAAUGAAGACAUGGGCCAGCAGCAGCACCAAGAAACAGCAACAGCGUUGCCUUACCCACAACAGCUACAGCCACAAAUUAAUUUGGGUCGCCACAUUCUUGGAGGGUUUCCAGUUUCGACUUUUCCGAUGGCGCUGUCUCCGGGGGUCCUACCCGUCUCUGGUGAAACCUCAUCAGUGGACAAUCUGACGUCAUCAAUAGGACCAAAUUUGAAUUUACAGAACGACGUGCCGCAGCAGGCAAAAGGAGCACCAACUACGUUGUCGGCUAAGCUCAUCCGUCCGAUUCCACUUCAUCCGGUGCUCCCUCCCCCAUCUUCCAAAAUGGCCGGUCUUAAUUUGAAUAACAAGUACACGCAGCCACCCACAAGGGAUCCAUCGCCUUUGUCGCUGAAGCUCGCAACGACGUCGUCCGAGGAGCAGUCACCUAAUACGACGUCGUCUCACUCGUCUGCGUUUCAGGGCAUGUCCAGUGGCUCAGAUAGCAUCAUCAGUGUGGCUUAAUUAAGUAAUGAACAAGUUGAUGCGGAUGUAUGUCGUACGUGUGUUAUAUAUAUAUAUAUAUAUAUAUACGGCCGGCCGGCUAUAGUGAGCUAGCCUAGCAGCAUGAUGGGAAAUGAAGACUAAUUAUUGGUGGGCCUAAAUCCUAAUUAAUUAGAUCGAUAAGAUAAAAGUGGAUUUGGAUGGAGUAAUUAGACUACUCUAAAAGGGGGUUAGGUUUAUGUAGCUAGCUAGGUGAUUUAGGUGAUUAAUUUCUUUUUUUGUAUAGGGAUUGGGUUGGGUUUAAUUUAGAAAGAGUUAUAUUAUAAUUAGGACAAGAUGGGAUGUCGAUCUCAGACUUCUCUCUGUGUGGGGAUUCUUGUUUUAAUUUUGUCCGCUUCCUUUUGUGGUGGAAUGAUAAAGAGCACCAGGUGCGCAUUGUUAUUUGGUCCUCUUCCCCUGGACCUUUUGCUUGCAGUUUCAACUACCACAAAAAAAUAUCUCAAUAUUCGAUCU